ACUCUCACAUGUUAAUAUUUGUAUUGACAUUUUUUUGCUUUCUCUUGGUUUUGUUGAGAAAUUUUUUAACAAGAAUUAAUUUUUCUGUGAAAAUGUUUCGUCUCACUUAUAAAUGGUUUGUAAUUCCACGAUCCAUUCCGGUCGUGCCAUCCAGAUCCUUUUGCGUGCAGAAUUCAGAGUCGGUCGCCAGUAGAAAGUCCGGCAAUCAAAUAAAGCUAAUUGGUAGAGUGAAGAACGAAGUGCUAAGAUUACAAAAUGGAUUUGAUUCGUUCCACAUCCGAACAGCUACAAAAGGCCUUGGAAACUUGAUUGGUGUAUUGCACAAUAUCAAGGCGAGAAAUGAUUCGAUCGAAGUACCAAAACUAACUGACAACGACCUUGUUUAUGUUAACGGUGAAAUUGUCUAUGAAAACGAGCCAAAUGGAGAGAAAUUUAUAUCGGUUCCGCACAUUUUAGCAAAAAAAAUUGUGCACAUGGAAAACGACAACAAAUCUGAUGACUUAGAGCAAUUGGUAAAAGAGUGUGUCAAUGAAGUGAAGUUAUUGGGCACAAUUGGAAGUAAUAUUUUAGAUGAAAAUGCCACCGUAUUCCAUGUCGUUACAAAUGCUGAACUGACGCCGAAUUUGAAUACAAAAUUCUUCCAUGGUGACUGGCACAGGGUGCUGAUAUUUGAUGAACACUUGCGAGAAUUUGUUAGAAAUCACCUCAAAAUAACAGACCGUCUCUUGAUCAACGGUGAAAUUUUCUACCAUAAAGUUGACCUGGAAGAUGGUGGAGUGGCGAAACAAGGCAAUAUUUUAGCUAGACGUAUCCAAAAAUUGCAACGAUUUUCAAAAGGCGGCGAAGACGAGCCGCAGAACACGCAAGCAACCAUGGAGCAAUGAGAUUAUGAUAUGGGAACUAAACAAUAACUACAAUUAUGUACAUAAGCCAAGCCAAUGAAUAAAGAAUACAGUUAGCCGAAUCGGCUCUAAAAUCAUUUACAGUCUGUAAUUAAUAAAAUUUGAUGUACAUGAAGAAAGAAAGAUGAGUGAAAGUUAUCCAAUAAAUCACAAAUCAGAUCAAAGUUCGAAAGUAUCACUCUCUGUACGUGUGAACACAUGGAAAAUCAUUCGAUCUUCAAUUCUUCAGUCUUGAAAAUAUGCGCAUAUAAAUUAUAUCGAAGAUUUGACAGACUCCGAACAAGGAGACCAUAAUGUU